AUGAACCGAAGAAGAAGCUUUGCUGUUUGCAGCACCUGGAAGCAGCAAAGACAGGCAACUAAAGGGCCGCGAGCCUGUUUCCAGCAGCAGCUGCAGCAAGCAGCAGCAGCUGCAGCAAGCAGCAGCCUCAACAAGCAGGAGCAGCUACAGCAAGCAGCAGCUGCAGCAAGCAGCAGCAGCAGCUGCAAGCAUGAGCAGCCGCAGCAAGCAGGAGCAGCCGCAGCAAGCAGGAGCAGCCGCAGCAAGCAGGAGCAGCCGCAGCAAGCAUCGGCUGCAGCAAGCAUGAACUGCAGCAAGCAUCAGCUACAGCAAGCAUCAGCUGCAACAGCAGCAGCAUCAGCUGCAACAGCAGCAGCAUCAGCUGCAACAGCAGCAGCAUCAGCUGCAACAGCAGCAGCAUCAGCUGCAGCAGCAGUAGCAGCAGCACGCAGCAGCUGCCGGUAG